ACUUACGCGCAGGUUGCAACUGCAUGCACUUGCGAUGAACGUAAGCCCCCCCCCCCCCCAUGUGGUGGGGUAUAUUUAUAGAGAUUGAUCUUCUGACGUCCUUCAAAAUGCCGCCUCUUCUACCACAGAGACUCCAAAUACUUUUGAUACUGGCAGAGCAGCUUCAAGUGACAGGGCAUGAGCAAGACGUGGCACCUUUAUUAACAUCGAUAACUUGGACGGCAAAUAUUACUUGACGUGUUAUAAACAAUUAUUUCAUUCGCUACUUCUAACUCCUCAAUUUUGUAAUAAAGAAUAUUGACAGUUUUGAAGCAAUCCUUCUUGAAUAGAAAAGGUCCAUGUACUAUUAGAAAGGUUUGGGCAAAACUAACUCCAAUUAUAAUGCCAAUUAAAACUUAUAUUCUCCAUUAUGGGGAGGGGGAUUGCCUUUCCUUUUAGAAAAAAGAAGGAAUUGUCUACGUGUGAUUGUGUGCCACCCGGAAGUCAUACGCAAUGGACUUGCUUCCCGUUGCCAAAAAGCGAAGAGUGAUGGCGAGUUUCAGUCCAGGUUCCAAGGCGCGGUGACUCCUGAAACAUUGAAAGUAUCUACACCAUUGAUAUAUAGUCAGUAUGAUAUUGACUAUAUAUCAAUGGCAGGAUCUCGUUGUGUGAACGCAGGAACUCAAUACCGCGGGACCUGGACCUACAACCGAUUCUGCAACAAGGAAGCAAAAUAAAGGUGACGAUGGCCUCCUCAUUGCUUCAGUCGAUGAACAUGGCCACUGGUUGGGUGGUUAUUGUCUUGUUCGUACAGACCUGUUUCGUUCUCGGCACUGUUACAUCGGUCGGUGUCUUCUUCUCAGAGUUCAAAGACACCUUGGGGAUAUCAUCUGCAGACAUUGGCAUUUCGCUGGGCUUAUUCAAUGCGUUCACGUUCGGACCGGGACCGGUAGUGGCAAGUCUUUACAGCUACGCUUGGUUAAGACGCCCUCUACUCAUCACAGGAUCUGUUUUAGCACCGUUGGGUCUUCUUCUAAGUUCCACAGUGACCAAUAACAUUGAACUGGCUGUCUGUCUAUCCUUUGCAGGUCUAGGUGGAAAUAUUCUAUCUCAGUGUCUGGUGAUCUGUUUGGACGUACACGCCCAUGACCAUUUCCACACCCUUUUCGGCAUCAGCAAGUCAGGUUAUGCCUUUGGGAUGCUGGUUAGUCCUUUACUUGCAGCCUACCUGAUGGAUGUCUAUGGCUGGAGGGGCGCCAUGCUGAUCAUGGGGGCGAUCACCUCUAAUAUUAUACCUCUCACCAUGAUGGUAGAUACAACUAUUCGCGACAAGUCAAAAACGGAAGGACCUUCGGAUUCAUCCAAAUGGCAGAGCCAUUCUGAAGAAACGUCUUUCGAGGAUAAGGACAUGAUUGACGGCUUGAUUAAUAAAUGUCCAUCAGAAGUGACAAAUAUCGUAAAGGUUUCGGAGAGUGCACCCGCUGUGCAUAAUUCGGGACACCAUCAAAGACAGUUCUCUGAGGCAGUUCAACCUGAUGACAAAGAACCCUAUGGAACAUUGUGUCGACACCAUGAGGGAUCAUCAAAAGAUAUCCCUCCUCCAGCCACUGUAACAACAUCCCAAGGAGACAAUGGAGAUGGAUCUAGUGAAUUAUGCUCACUGAUGGAAAUCAGUCAACCCCAAACCAGAGAGCAACAUCAAGAAGAAAAGAACAACCUGUGCAGGUCAAAGAACAACGACCAUUCAUCUUCAUAUAAAACUGGACAGCUCCCCUUUAACAGAGUUCGUCAAGCUUUGAAGAACUCCAUCUACAUCCAGGACAAAUGCCUCAUCGUCCUGGUGAUUUCAAAUUCAUUAGUUGCCAUGGUACACGGAGGUUGGCACUCCUUCUUUAUACCGCGAGCCCAGAGCCAAGGAAAGUCCAUCUAUGCGUUGAACUGUCUUCUGUACUCCACGUCCAUUGCUUGUUUCGUUUCUCGCAUCUUAAGUGGUGUCCUUCUGGGUCCUCGAUGCAUCUCCGCCUAUGAUCUCUUCUUUCUAUUCAGAAUAGCCAAUGUUGCAUCGAUGCUUGCGGACAUCUACUUCUCCAGCUUUCCUGUCAUGAUUGUUACAUCAUUCAUUACGUCAUUUGCCAUCAACGAAGAGAACAUGUUCAUGAUUUACGUCUCAAAGGAACGAACACCUCGCUCGGCCUUUCCGCAAGUCUUUGCCGUGAUACAGAUUGCUUUUGGAAUAGGUGCACUAUUCGGAACUUACCUUACAGGAAUGCUUGCGGACAUAACGGGUAGCUACAGAAUAUCUUUCAUAUUCCUCCUGUCCAUAGAGGGCGUUCUAUUCUUCAGCAUGAGUCCUCCACGCUUUAUUAAACCAAAGUUUCAGGAGAAUACACAGAACCCUACAUGACGGAUUUUAAGAGCUGUAGCAGUUGCUGAGGUUUCAACGGAAUAAAACAUUUCCCAUAGAUUUGUGUGUUAAAAUCAUAAAAAAUAAGGAUUAAAUUCGGGGGUCGAAUGUUUACUACCAGUGGAUGUCUGACAAUCCAUAUCUGACCAGAAAAGGGUCCGUCGACCAGCUCAUUUAAAACAAAAUAAAUCGGCAUUUAUUAGGACAUCUCCUGAUGGAUCAAAUUCAUCACCUGAAACUUACAGUAAAAUAGCCCUAAUCCUUCCGCCAGUUAUAUUUAGUUCCAAACUUGGUGAUAUUUCUUCCCACUUUGUGAAAAGAAAUUUCAGUAGUUACCGUCCAUGGAAUCAAUGUUAGAUGGACAAUCAUAUUCGAACACUUUGUCAAUUAGCUAUAUACAAAAAUGAAAAUGGGUUGGCUCGAAUGAAUAUAUUUUGCCUUCCUAUUGUUAAUAGGCCCAUGUGACCUGUAGCACACUGCAAAAACCCCGGUGUUGAUUUAACACCAGCCCGGAAUCUAUAUAUGUCUACACCAGAGAAGUAUUGAAACAACACCAGUCUGGAUUCAAACCGAUACUAAUUGGUGUUGUAUGAACACCUUUCUGGUGUUAGACCAAAACGAAACUGUUGCUGUUUAACACUCCCUUGAUGUGGACAUAUAUACUAGAUUCCGGGCUUGUGUUAAAUCAACACCUGAGUUUUUGCAGUGCAGUUGCUGAAUCAUGAACGGUAUCAUUGCUUUAUUAUACCUGACGUAGAGGGCACGAGGCAAAUAUAUGAAAAACUUGAAAGCGAAGUAUGAAGUCGAAUCCCUUGGGGAAACAAAUAUCAUUUCGACGUAUGAGCUAAAAUAAUCUUGUGUUUAUACGAGAUGUUUUGUUCAUUUCGGACUGAACAAAUUGCUUCAACUUAUGCAAUUAUUCCACGUAAGGUUGCCUUUUGCUUACUCUACGGCAAUUAUAAAAAGGAAUCCCUUUGGGGUCAUAUUUUAGAAGGCAUUAACCAUCGAUUUAUAUAAAAGCUGCAUACUAUACAAUGGACAAAAUGAAAAUUAUUGGACCUGAUGUAAAUAAAAGUUUAUUCUUUUAUGCUGAAUAA